AAGUAAGACAAAAAUAUUUUUUCUCACUCUAACUUAUUGCACCAGUGUAGCAGUGCAGCGAAAAAGAACAGUCCAUAUAAUUAAGUGAUGUUUACGUUUAAUACGUGGUAUCUUGCCGAGAUAGGGAUGGUUGCUCAAUAAAGAAGAGAAAGAAUAAGAAAUUCAUGCGUUGAAGCUGUGAGAGACGGUAUCGUGAAGAGAUUUAUCUGCAUGCAGACAUGACGUCGAGUUUUCACGAAGAAGUCGUCAGCCAGGAAUCAUCGACGGAAACGCUCAAGAUUUUAUGCGUGGGACGCGUAUGUCUCGACAUCGUUCAGAUGUGCGUGCAAUUUCCUUUGGAGGAUUCCACUCAGAGAUCUACUGAUUAUAGGUGGCAAAGGGGGGGCAAUGCAUCCAACACUUGCACUGUACUAUCAUUAAUAGGACAACCGUGCGAGCUUCUGGCUUGCUUGAGCGCAGAUGAACAUAUUAGUUUUCUGCAAAAUGAUCUGCGCAAAUAUAAAAUUGAUUAUUCCCAUUGUCCUUUGAUAAAAGGCAUUCGGUGUCCAAUCGCAACUAUUAUAUUGAAUUCAAGCACUGGAUCUCGCACAAUUGUAUAUAAUAAUUCAGGUUUGCCUGAGUUAACAUUAAAAAAUUUCGAGCAGCUUAAUUUAAAGGAAUAUAGUUGGAUUCAUUUCGAGGGAAGGAAUGUAGAGGAAUUGCUACUUAUGAUACAACUUGUAAAGAUUUAUAAUAACUCUUUAAAUCGCACGGGUGAUUGCGCUACUAAAAAUCAUAUCCCAAUUACAAUUAGUGUAGAGUUAGAAAGUCUGAGAUCAGAUCCCAGAGUAUUAGAUUUAUUACCGUAUGUUGACGUAGUAUUUAUAGCAAAAGAGUUUGCUAAGAAUUUGGGUUAUAACAAUAUGACUGAAGUAAUACGUAACAUCGGCCAAGACGCUAAGAGAGAUGAAUGUUUUUUUAGAGGAGUCAUUAUUUGUGCUUGGGCAGAGGAAGGUGCAAUCGCUCGUACUCCGUGUGGUGCAACAGUACGAUCACCAGCUUUCCCACCGCAGAAGGUGAUCGAUACUUUAGGUGCAGGUGACACAUUCAAUGCAGCUGUCCUGUAUUAUUUGAACAAGAGCAAAAUUGAGUUUAUGCAUAAAUAUAAAGAAGAGGGAAUUUGUGUGUAUGAUAUCAAUCAAACGAAGGAUGAUAGUUUUGAUAAUGAUACUACAAUUAAAGGAGAUGUUAAGAAAAAUUUAGAUAUAGAAAAUUUAGAAUACAAUCGAGUAAAAUUUAUUAAUGAAACCAUUUUGCAGAAAGCUAUCAAAUUUGCAUGUUAUAUUGCUGGCGCAAAAGUAGGAUUAAGAGGAUACGAUUCUCUUGAUAUAAUUUCUAAUGAUAUUUUACGAAUGAAUUUUUCAGAACGUUAAAAUAGAUUAUGUUUUAUACCAGGGAUUUUAGACA